UGCAAUUGACAUAAUUGACGUCUUCAGGAAUUUCUUCGUGUGUGACAUGUUCUCUUUUUACCUAACACCUAGGUAAACAUGAACAGGUGGUUUGACAUGUGGCCCUGGCUUUCAUCAGAGAGCUCUAACUGAUAACUGAUGUCGCUGUUCUCCUCCUCCUGAACAGCAAGUUUCUUUUAGUCUGCUUUUUCUUUUUUUUUUUCCAUAUCCUGAAUUCCCUCUUUGUCUGCUUGGCCAAUAAAUAGCAGGAGGUGCCCUCAGCUCCAGCAGUUCCACACUCCUCCUCUCACACUCAGCAUCCAUCUGACACAAUGUGGACCCAGGCCAGCACUCUGCUGCUGCUGCUGCUCGCCUGCUGCCUCUGGCCGGCGGAGGCUGAGAGCGACGGCAGCAGGAGACAAAGCAUCUGGGAUGAUCCUAUCCAAUUCAACACCAAGGCUAAUGACUCGUGUACCAUGAUCAUCACCGGUCACGGGGAAUACACCAGGCUGAGGGUGUCAUGCCAGAGCAGCAAGCGCUCCUACUGGUGCGACUACGUGGGGAAGCCUUACACCUGCCGCUCCUACAACAAAAACCCCCGGCACUACUUUGUCCAGAUGAUGUGGGACUUAAGGAAGCUCCACAAUGCCUGCCGGGCGCCGAGGCAGAUCCAACCUCACAUGUGCAGGAGGGCAACUGAUGACUCUCAGAUGGUAUUUUCAUCUGCUUCCUUCUCCCGGUCAUGGCCGGAGGAUUCUUCAAGCACAGGGGCAAGACCAGAAACACAGCCUGCAAGACCUCAACCUCGACCUGAACCUACCAGGCCUGAUUCAGUGAGGCAAGCUUCCAUGAAAUCCUUUCAAGUCCCUACAAGAGUGAAGACCACACAGAGAACCACUCUACAACCACCAACACCGCCUGUGGAGAGCAAUGCCAAGAGGAUGGCACGGCAGUACUGUUGGAGGUCACUCCAAGGCAUCUGCUCCUUUGUCAUUGGGCUGUUUCGAAAUUAACGAGAAAGAUUUUCUGUCAUAUUCACAGAUGUACAAUUCUGACGAGGAUAACUUCUGACGAGCCUUGGAGCGAAACUGUGGUAGAAGAACGGCAGCGCUCUCUUCAGGGGAAGGGACGGUACUGCAGCGACUUUCAAACAAACCCCUCCUCACUGAAACUUGCACACAUCAUCAUCCACUGAGAGCCAGUCUAAUGUGAAAUACUUGGCCAAACAUCCUUUCAAAGAUGGAAGAACGUCACUACCUGACUUGAUUACGUAAUUAUAAUCAUUUCUGCAUGAAACACAUGUUUGAAAUGGCACAAGUACUUUCACUUGUGAGAAUAUUUCUGCAGAUGCUGCAUUUUCAAAAAUAUAGGGAUCAAGCCAAACACAAAAACCCACUGGUGUCACUUAUUUGUAUUCAUGUUUGUAUAUAAUCUAACUCACUUAAUAUUACCUUGAAUAUUACAUUGUUGGGAAGGACCAAGGUUCUAAUUUUUGGUCUAAAACAGCAGUGAUUUCUGUACUGGUGUUUUCAGAUAUAAUGAAUGUGAAAACGUUAUUAUUAAAUAUUGAUCUCUCUUAAUGAGAAACAACUGUAAUAUUCCUACAGUAAACAUGUAACAUGUAUUAAAGCUGGUGAAAAUUUGACA